CCAGCUCAGAAAGAAAGUGCCACGACGCCACAGACAGCGGAGAGAGCGAGGGACAGGCGUAGGGUGGCUGUGGCAGGAAACAAGUACUAAGAGUAAUACAAUAGACAGCGUAAAGUUGUAAGUUACAGAAGCCGUGUGCAAUUCUCACAAACCCAGUGAUCAGGAUCAAUCCGAUUGGUAAUAACAAGCAAAGAUGGAUAUCUACGACCCCCAAACUCUUGGUUUCAUGGUCUUUGGUGGCUUCAUGGUCAUCUCUGCCAUCGGGAUUGUCUUGGUCUCCACAUUUUCCAUGAAGGAAACCUCCUAUGAAGAAGCUCUAGCUAAGCAAAGGAAGGAACAGGAGAAGCUUCAACCCAAAUCUGAGAAGAAGAAGAAGGAGAAGCUGGCAGAGAAGGGAAAAGCUAAGAAGAAGAAGGAGGACAAGCCCAACGGAAAGAUCCCGGAGUCAGAACCCGCUCAGGAGACUGUCAGUGAAUCUGAACCCGAGGUCACCGCUAUCGUCCCUGAGCCCACUGUCCCUGAGAUCCCAGUUGAAGCCCCCCGCCAGGCCCUUCAGGAGCAGCCUGCCCCCUCCCCCAAGGACAAGAAGAAGAAAGAGAAGAAAGUGGCUAAAGUAGAGCCGGCCCCCAGCGUCCUGGCACAUCAGGCCCCAGUUUCUAAAUCCACCCCUUUGCUGGAGGCAGUCACCAAGGAGGUGCCCGUCAUGGCUGUGCCUCCAGUCGGAGCCCCCCAGAGCGCCCCUGUUGCCCCCGCCAAGAAGCCUGAGGUGGCUGCCAGCCACGACGAUGUUAAGCAAGAGGGGGCUUCGAAAAAGAAGUCUGUUGCCAAGAAGAAGGCUGAGCCAAUAGUUCCUGCUGACUCCCUUGAUGGUCCCCUGUACCUACCCUACAAGACUCUGGUUUCCACUGUGAGCAGUAUGGCUUUCAGUGAGGGAGAAGCCCAGCGUCUGAUUGAAAUUCUGACAGACAAGACAGGCAUUGUUCAGGACACCUGGCACACGGCCACUCAGAAGGGAGACCCCAUCACAGCCUUGAAACGGCAGCUGGACGAGAAGGAGAAACAGCUCUCUGCAGAGCAAGAGGAUGCUGCUGCUGCCAAGAAUAAACUACGAGAGCUCACAAAGGAAUUGACUGCUGAGAAAACCAAGGUAUCAUCUGUGGAAUCUAAACUCAAAGAGCAGCUCUGUGCUCAAGAGAAGGAGAUCACUGCUGUGCAGGCUCGCAUGCAGGCCAGCUAUCAGGACCAUGUGACCGAGACGCAACAACUGCAAACCAAGAUCCGGACCCUCCAGGAGCAGCUGGAGAAUGGCCCCAAUGCCCAGCUGGCUCGUCUGCAGCAGGAGAACUCCAUUCUGAGAGAUGCCCUCAACCAAGCCACCAGCCAGACAGAGAGCAAGCAAAAUGCUGAACUGGCCAAGCUUCGCCAGGAGUGCACCAAGCUGACCAAAGACUUGAGUGAUCAAUCGGAGGCCUUGCAGCAGGAUGAGCAGCAGAGGAAGGCCCUGGAGGCCAAGGUGGCUGCCUUUGAGAAACAGAUCAGUCAGCUUCAGUCCAUCCAGCAGGACAAUGAGAACACUUUGCAGAAGAGGCUGGAUGAAGUCAGUGAAGAACUCAGGAAAACGGAGUGCAACAACACCAGCCUGCUGUCAGACCUGGAGAAAGCCAAGAAAGAGCUCAAAAACCUCACGGAACUCCAGUCGAAAGUAUCCUCCAGAGAAGCAGAAUUGAAAAGCAAAUGGGAGGAGGUGGAGAGCCUGAAGACACAGCUGACCGAGGCCAAUGCAGAGAAAGUGCAUCUGGAAGAGAGGAUCAGAUCCAUAGAGACCCUGCUCGAGGCAGGGCAGCGCAAAGAGUCAGAGAAGGAUCAAGAACUGCAGCUUGCCAACGCAGCAGAGACUGAGCAGCUUCAGAACAGUUUAAAGGAGAGAGACGCUCGGGUGUCUUUACUUGAGAAAGAAAUUCUACAGCUGAAAGAAACUGUUGAACAGCAAGCAAACAAAAAUAAUGACCUCCGUGAGAAAAACUGGAAAGCUAUGGAAGCGAUGAGCUCGGCUGAAAAAUUAUGUGAAAAGAAAUUGGAUGCGACUAAGACAGCCAAGGAUAAGGCAGAGCAGCAGCUCAGUGCUUUACAGAAGGAGAUGAGAGAGACCUUGCAUGCUCUCUUUCCAGAGAUCACUGUAGACACAGACCAGACUAAUUGGUUAGAAGAAUUUAAACAGAAGGCCCAGGAGGAAGUGAGCCAACAAACAACAACCACCACAGAAUGGCCAGAGCUAGCACUUCAGUUGAAAGAAGCUGAAGAAUCUCGAAACACUUUCCAGGCCGAAUGUGACCAGUACAGGAGCGUCCUCGCUGAAACCGAAGGCAUGUUGAAAGACCUGCAGAAGAGUGUGGAGGAGGAAGAGCUGGUGUGGAAGGCCAAACUGGAAGAGUCAGAGGAGGAACUUAAAAAGGCACAGGGACGGGUGCAGGGUCUGGAGGAGGCCUUGGAGAAGCUCAAGCUAGAAUGCCAAAGCACAGAACAGUUGAAGGAGCAGGUGUCUCGCUUGGAAACCCAGUUGGAGAACCAGCUGGAAACUGCACAUUCAGAAUGUCAGAAUUACUCUGAAGAGGUGUCUCUGUUAAGGGUCUUGUUAUCAGAAUCCCAGAGCCAGCUGGAAAUAGCCAAAUCAGAAGUACAGAAACAAAGUGAAGAGCUUGCUUUGGUGAGGCAGCACCUGAGUGAAAUGAAGAACCAUGUUCAGGACGGAGAAGCAGUUGUGUCACAGACUGACCAAACUGAGCUGGAACCCGACAAGCUAGAGCAAACUGUAGAAAAACUAGACCAUGAACCAACACCAAGGCAGAAACCGGCUGCUGGCGACUUUGAUCAGUCUCAGACGUUGGUGUCAGACCUGCAGACUCAACUUGAUUUACUGAGAGGUGCUGGGGAUUCUGUGACCUCUGACUCUGAAGACGUCGCUCAGUUAAAGGAUCAGGAUGGAGAGUCAAAGGAAGGAACAUCUGUUUAAGACGGCUAGAAACUGAAGACUACACAAUUUGCCAAAAUGCCUUACAAUUAUUAUAGUUUUUAUGCAUUCCUGAUUUAUAUGCUCUUUAUUGUACUGUAGUUAUUGAUUAAAAAAAGAAAGUUAGAGAACCAAACAUUCUGAGGGAGGAAGCUGCAGCUACAUGUUUAAAAGUAUUUUUGUUGAAAUGACAUUCUGUCGGUAUAGCGCUGACCUGUUGGACAUCUGAAUGUGCAUUCUGUCUUCUAUGUUGACAGAACAUCUUGAUGGUCAUAGUUUUAUGAAAAGGGAAACCAAAUGUACAUUAACUGUACAUCAAAAAAGUGCAAUUUCUUGUGAAGGAGGACGCUGGAGGUAGGAACGCUGAGGUAAGCAGUUGCAAUAAGUGCCUCUACUUCUGUAGUUAGCUGCCAACACAAAUUUUGUUAAAGAAACAAUAAACUACAAUAUAGCCA